AUGGCCACCCUUCCCUCUUUGGUUAUGACGUCACCGAACCAGGACUGGAUCCCCGCUCAUCCGGUUGAACGCGCUAUCAUCCGAACCUACACGGAUGGCCUUUGGGGAGAACUAGAGUACUCUAGGUGGCCCCAGCCCAUGAUUCGAAACAUGUGGCACAUCGCGUGCAUCCCCAGCCCUCUUCGUCCGCCACCGGACAGCCCCCCCGUCUUGUGGACUACGCUCGCACCUUCCCAGCAUUGGCGAGAGGAUCCCAGCGUGGGCGUCCCGGGCCUAGGUUUUCUGGAGCACGGACUUCGACAACAACUUCGCGAGGCCGCCUGUUUUGCGUUCACCAGGUACCAGUCCAUCGUCGGCGUUCCGCCUCACCGGCUAGCGUACGGUGACCAGCUCUGCGUCGUUAUUCGCCAGUGCGUCGAACGGAUGAACCGACUCCCUUCCUACGCACCCGUCGCUGUUGCCGUGGGCGCGCAUAUCCAGCGCGUCGCUCUCGAGCUCAUGGGUCUCCACAUGUACCUUACGACGGUUCUGUCGCGCAUGGACUCUCCGAACGACUUCAGCCUUCAAGUGCUCCCGGUUCUGGGCGUGAUAGCCCGUGAUGCCGCCACCGCCCAGCUCGCGCAUCGCGUCGGCCUUCCCACAUGGUUCCUUCAGCCGCUCACGACGAGGAUCAAGGUCUGGGCCGUUGUCGAGGCCACGACCCCGUUCGCUCUGUCUCGGAAGGAGAGUUCACCCCCAAUGCGACAUCACCCUGAGGAGCUAGGCGCGGUCGCGAACCUGACGUCCAAUUGGACGUCCAAUCUCGUGUUCGCAGUCACGGGACAACUGUGCGCCGGUUCCCUUGCCCCUUUGGACGAUGGCACCACGCCCCUCCUUGGCCCGUCGCUGACGGGUUCAGGUGAAGGCCCUCUGAAAACCCGUCGUAUCGAGAUGGCACCUAUCCCUUCCCAAGCUCCCUCCACAUCCCAGCCUGGAGGCGUCAAGAAGAAGACGCGCAGGGAACAUCGCCAUCCCGCCAGGGUGCACAACCGGUCCGUCUUCGUCGACAUACCGGAAGCCUGGUCCGUGGCGCUCCUCUCCCAAGGGCCUCUGCCCCAGCCGCGCACAUCGGUGGUCUAUUUCUACCCGCCGCCCUUCUUGCUGGACACCAAGGUUCAUCGGUACCUUCACAACGCAGUGCGCAUCCGCGCGUUCUGCCGACUGCGUCUCCUGGACCUGUCCUUAUCCGGCGGACCGCUGACAAUCGCCGAAUGGCGUGCUGCGCUCUGGGGCGAUUACGCGUUUCACCCUGAUCCGUCGGUCCCGGCGGCCGCGCAGAAGCGUGUCAAACGCAAGGUCGACGAGAAGAACAGCGUAUCUCGGUUGUUCGGAAACGGGGCCGCCCUACCGUCCUAUUCUGCCGCGCAAGUCGUACGAUUGGAAGGCCUGUCCGUUUCGGCCGAGGACGCGGCCAUAAACCCGACCGUCCGCGCGCGGCUUCUGUGGGAGGCCCACGAGAUCAACUUUCGGUGCGAGCUGAUGGCACUCGACGCUGUACUCGUGCCGAGGAGCGGUUGGAGCGUCAUGCAGCGUUGGGGGCGAGAGAUGCUGGUCUCUGGGGUGUGGGGAAAGGAGUCGAGCAUCGCUACUGUCAUCCCCUUGCCGUCCGAUGACGUGUUCGCCUGGCCCUCUGUGCCACAAGAGGACUGGCGCUCCGCGGAGCCCUACCUUCGUCGGUUCAUGGCAGUCGCGUCAGCAUGGCCGGGAUGUCCGGAUCACCUCAAGUCUGGACGCCUUCAGGAGGACUGGACGGUGGACAUGUUUGAGACAUUCCAGGUGGACGCUGUCGCGUUCUAUGUUUCCCAAUUUACGCGUCGUUUUGGAAGGCUCCCGAUCCCUCCUGUACGUAGGCCACUCCACGCGCUGUAG